AUGGCCACCGCUGUCGAGUCUGCCCCUUACACCGGCCCCUCUCCCCGCGAGAUGAUCGAAUCCCACACUCUCGCCCAGGAGAUCAUCGGGCGCAACAACGACCCCUGCCCGAUCCUCGACUCUGACGAGCUGGCCCUGCUCUCCCAGUUCGUCGCCAACCCGUCGCAGGCCCGCGCCCUCCUCGAGGCCCGCGGUCUGGCCGACGAGCCCACCAAGUCCGGCAGCCUGGUGGCCUACGUCAUCUCCCUGCACGGCACCGACAAAGCUGCUCUUACGGAGGAGGAGAUCAAGACUCUUAAGCAAUGGUUCGAGGACAGUCAGAAGGCAUAG